UAUUCAUUAAAGGGUUUCGCGACCUCCGUUUGAUCUUCCAACUCCGAGUGAUUCCGUGCCACGGAGGUGCCACCAGGAAAAGGCGACGCACGCUGACAACUCUUAGUACCAUGGAGAGCUCAGGGAUGCUGCUGGGUCUGCUGUGCGUCAGCCUCAUGUCCGUCAUGUGCGGCGGACAGUCACGCGAGGUGUCCGCAGAGGAAUACGAAGCGAAGAAAUCCCCUGCUUCCACAGAGCGAGAACUCGUGGAAGCGAUGGAGGAAUUGCUGGGGAAGUUCCAGAGCACACUGCCGUCUACUGAGAAGAGGGGGAGCAUCCCGCUGUGUGGGGUCGGGGACCGCUGUGCCGUGAGGCUGGGUCCACGCAUUGGGAAGCUCUGUGACUGCGGCAGAAGGAGCAACUGCAACGCCUUCCUCCUUAAGUGCAUCUAGACCCCAUGCUUCCCUCCAGCACCCCUGCACGAACACUGCCACACCUAGCAAAGGCACACGGCAAGACAGACACCUCGCCUGCCUGAAUGCUACUGUUUCCCCUCAACCUCCA